AGUCUCUGUGAAGCAGCCACUCCACUCUCCAGCAGGUCGCUGUAGUAACGCGUGGGAAGCGGAGGCAGCGAGCAACAGCACACUUAAGAGCUGAUAAUUAUAACAGCAAAAAGCCCACACACUCGUCGCUUUUUUGGCGGUGACGUACAAACGGAUACUUAUUUUUACCAACUUGACGUCGUCUGGAAUUGGAAAAAAUACACCCGAGCGAGAACUUUUUUUCCACCCUUUUUUUUGGUUUUCAAGAACCGUCGAUAAUUAAUUCACCGCCAUUGUCAAGUAGUUGGCUGUUCCGGGGAUUCACAGUUUUUGUGUUCGUUCCGUAUUCGAAGCGGUGUUGUCGACCGGAGAAGCUGCUCGGCUCGGCGGCCACCUGACCCUCGGCAAAAAACACGGCGGCUAAUGACGCUAAGCUAUAUAUAUUGACUCUAAGCUAUAUAAUCACUUAGCUAUAUAUAAUGUCGCUAAGAUAUCAGUCGGGCUAACUUUGCUGUCGCUUGGCUACGAGCUCUGUUAAGUUUGCUAAUACAGUAAUAACGCCAAGUUGUUGCUAAUUUGCGUCGUACUUGUUGAAGUUGCGAGGAGUCUCAGCCAACCCGUCUCGAACGAUGCCUUAAUCCCCAGACCGCCAGCCACCGCCAGCGCCUCCGCUCUAACGUGGCGCCGCGUCUCCGUCAACACCGCCGGCAUGAGCACCGCCGACCCGGAACGCUCGUCGCUCAGCUCCUCCGCCAACUCGGUGGCCUCCAGCGCUCGGACGCUCUCGGCCAACGUGAGGAAGCUUCACAACGCGCUCAACCUGCUGCUCAACGACUUCGAGAGGGAGCAGUUCAUCCACUGCCUCAACGUCUACCACUCCAAGCGCAACGUCUACGACUUGGUGCAGACCCUCAACGUCAUCCUCAACGCGCCCAGCAAGCGGCAACUUCUACCCAUGCUUCGGCUUGUCAUCCCCCGGUCUGAUCAGCUGCUCUUCGAGCAAUACACCUCGGAGGGCCUUUACCUCAAAUCAAGCAACGGGAACGCCGGCUCCAGCCCAACACCCCCGGCGCAUUUGUCGCCGGAAAACCCGUCUGACUUUCAGGUGGCGCUGCGCGGCUCGCCGGACAGCUUCAGCACCAGCAGCGACGGGACAGCUCCUCUGGUCCCGCUCCUGGGGAGGAACUUCAUCCACGAGUCGGCGGGCGAGCUGCGGCAGGUCACCAUGAAGCGGCACAAGAGCAACGAGGGCCUGGGCUUCAGUAUCCGCGGUGGUUCGGAGCACGGAGUCGGGAUCUAUGUGUCGCUGGUGGAGCCGGGAAGCCUGGCGGAGAAGGAGGGUCUCAGGAUCGGUGACCAGAUUAUGAAAGUCAACGACAAAGUCUUCGACAAAGUCUCUCACGCUGAAGCAGUUAAGGUGCUGAAGGGCAGUAAAAAGCUUUGCCUAUCAGUUCGCUCAGUGGGGCGGAUUCCUGGUGGCUAUGUCACCAACCAUGUUUAUACCUGGGUUGACCCUCUGGGGCAUAGUGUGUCCCCUCCACCCGACCUACCCGAACAUCACAAUGCCACCCUCAGAAGAAGCGACAGCCAGCGACGCAGCAACAUGCAGCUCCUGCAGGAGGGAGACGAGAAAAAGGUCAACCUGGUUCUGGAUGAUGGCCGGUCCCUGGGCCUUAUGAUCCGGGGUGGAGCAGAAUACACUUUGGGUAUUUACAUCACUGGAGUGGAUCCUGGCUCGGCGGCUGAAUGCGGAGGACUCAAGUCUUGCCCCUCCGCCACUCCUCUCUGUUCCUUGCAACGCCCACAGGUUGGAGAUCAAAUUCUGGAAGUAAACGGCCGCAGCUUCUUGAACAUCCCGCACGAUGAAGCUGUCAAAGUCCUUAAGUCGUCACAACACCUGAUGAUGACGGUGAAAGACGUGGGGCGCCUGCCUCAUGCCAGGACAGUCAUCGGCGAAACCAAGUGGAUCGCUAGCUCCCAGAUCACGGAAAGCUCAGCAAACAGCAGCAUGGCAGGUUUCUCUGUGGACCAGGGAUCCACUGAAGUCGGGAAGCCCGGCUUUUACAAGGGUGUUGCUGGAUCACAGGUGACCUUGUCCAGCCUGGUGAACCAAUCCAGGGCCAUGCUGGAGGAGCAAGCACGCCACCUUCUGACUGAGUCGGAGAGGCAAACUAUGUACUACUACAUGGAAGAGUACCGGGAUGGACACAUUGGCGUGGAGCAGCUGGUCAUGGCGCUGUUUGAACUGCUCAACACCCACGCGAAGUUCUCUCUACUGUCAGAUGUCCGAGGCCUGGUCACCCCGCAGGAUCUGGAGCGUUUUGACGGCAUGGUGUUACAACGCGAAAUUCAGGCUCUGAAAGCAAGACAGGGCACAGCGGCAGCCACCGCACUCCAACCCGACUCGCUGUCCAUGGUGUCGUACCCUGACACUCUGACGUCGUCCUUGGCCAGCUUCAUGACCAACACCACCCUAAGCUCUGCUCGGAACGACAGCGUGGUGGACGCCAAUCAGGAGGAUCCAUCUGAGAGUCUGAACACACUGCUGGCUGACAUCUCUCUGGAUGACGUACAGUCAACUACAGCUGACUCUCCCCCCUCCUUCAAGCCUCCACCCCCAUCAAGGGUACAGAGGCGCACAAGUCGAAGAGACCAGCUCACCAAAUGCCCUUCAUCCGAAUCCACUCAAUCAGGCUUGUACUUUACACCUCCCACCCACCCGAACCACAGCAAAAAAACAUGUCCGACCCCUUCCUCGCCCGCAGUACAUUACAAACAACAUCCUCCUCAGGAACCUUCUCGGGACUAUGCAGCCGUCCGAAAGAAAGAACUCUUGGCACCAUCCAAGAGGGAACAAAAAGCCCCCACUCAGUUGUCCACAGUUGCCCCACACACCAUCGGCCCCUUUCCCCGCGUCCAGUCCCCCAACAGAACCGCCAACCUAUCUGCCGCUUCCCCUUCACCACCACCUCCACCCCCGCUACCCGCACCUCCUCCACCACCCGUUAAGCCCGUUAGCAUGUCCAAAGCCUCCUCUCCGGGCUCUAAGCAACAAUUUGUUACAGUGGAGGUUCACAGGCCCAAUGCGGAGCCCGACGUCAAUGAGGUGCGGCCGCUGCCCCAGGCUCGAGGUGGUGCCCUGUCUCAGCUGUCAGACAGUGGCCAGACUCUCAGUGAGGACAGCGGCGUGGACAUAGCUGAGUCAGGACAUGUCAGCAAAGACAACAGCUCCCAUUCCUCAUGCACACGCCACCUUCCAGAUGCCCAGGGGAGUGGGGGGGGUAACCCCGCCAAACCGCCAGGGCUGUUGGAGCCCACCUCCACACUUGUAAGGGUGGCAAAGAGUGCAAGUACCCUGGGUAUCGCCAUUGAAGGAGGAGCCAACACUCGGCAGCCAUUGCCACGGAUUGUCACAAUACAGCGAGGAGGUUCCGCUCACAACUGUGGUCAACUAAAAGUGGGUCAGGUAAUCCUGGAGGUUAACGGAGUUUCCCUGAGGGGUCGUGAGCACAAGGACGCCGCACGCCUCAUCGCUGAGGCCUUCAAGACCAAAGAGAGGGACUACGUGGACUUCCUGGUGACUGAGUUCAAUGUAGCACUAUAGCUCCGUGGGGGGGAGGAGUGAGAUCCCGCAGGAAUUCAGGACGGAAUGAGGAUUUGAUUCUUUGAAACGGCACAAAUCAUUAUCACCGGACCUCCGCCUCGAAGAUCCCUAUUUGGAUAUGGAGCGCAUUCCUUCUGCUAUGGACCUGUUCACCAUUCUUUUCAACAUGUUACCUCCCCGCUGUGAGACCUUAUGCACUACAGUAGAAGAUAGCAAAGCCUGUAUAAUCAAACCAAUGGAUUUGCCUCCAUUUCAAAUGUACUGGAACUUCUUGCAGUCGUCCAAGAUACCACAGACAAUUUAUUAGUUCUUUGGAUUUAUAUGUGUAAUAACAGAUGAAUAUGGCUAUAUAUAAUAUAUAUAUAUACAGUAUACUGUACAAAUUAGAAGAUCUCUAUAUAAAUGUUGUAUGAACAAAUACACAUACAUUAUAUUUACACAUACAGUAUAUGACCAGAGUAUGAAUAUAUGAUCAGAGCAGCUCACAUGUUUGUUAGUAAAAUAUAGUUCAUUGUUUUCAUUUAAUUACCAAAUGAAUGGUUGGGUGGUUGGGUCCGGACUUCCAUUAUCUACACAGCUUAUCUUCUACAGGGUCACUGAACGCCACACGGAGGAUGCAAGCCAAACGACCUGUAAGGACAACCUGCAAAAUCAGUGCAGGUUUGAAUUCACAACGUUCUUGUUUAUGCCUCAUAACCGAUGACCAUGUUUUCACUCAAGCAUCAUAAGAACACAAACGCAUUUUUGCUUAAAUUAUUUUUUAAAUGAAAUAUUACUCUUUCAUACAAAACUGUGUUGAGACCAGCCAUGUUUGGUCUAGAGAUAGUCCCACUGAGACAAAGACAGGAAGCAGAACUGGAGGUAGCAGAGAUGAGGAUGCUGAGGUUCUCAUUGGGAGUGACCAGGAUGGAUAGGAUCAGGAAGGAGUACAUCAGAGGGACAUUACAUGUUAGAGGCCUUGGAGAUGGUUCGGAUGUGUCAGAUGUGUUAUCAAAAAUAAUAACAUAAAAUACAUUUAAAAAAUUGCCCAUUGAAUUAUAUAGUAAUUCCUGUAUGAUUCAAAUUAUUAACAUGUUUUUAAAGUAAAAAUCACACAAUUUGCUAAUUUGCUGAAUGGAUUUCCUACACUAUGAUUUUCUACAGUCCAGGGUGUACCCCGCCCCCUGCCACCCCAGUGAGCCUGUGCGAUGAAUUUAAUACAAGUGUGACAUCAUUACUCUUGCUAAAUGGACAAUAAAAUAAAAAAUAAAAGUCAUAUUUGGAGGCACUGCAGUACUCACUUCAUGCUGAAGGGGUUGGGCCGUGCAUGAGCUGGAAGAUGCUUGUCACUGCCGUUCUUCCAAUCAAUGAGACAGUCUUUGACAGUACCAACAAUUGGGGAGCAGCAUUCUCUGCUGAACCAAUCAAUACAUUUGACUGGCGCAAUGGAGGAUUAUAUACCCAAGCUCACCACCAGGUGAUUAGACUUUUACAACAAAGUAUUGCAACAUUUUCUGGAGAAGUAUAGGGUGCAUGUUCAUAUACAGACACAAAAGGCUCAUAUAUUGAUUCCACAUAAUUGAAAUGUAUUGAAAGCCAUCAUGUGGGAUAUAUUCAUGUAGCUUGUGUUAUAUCAAUUCAGUCAUGAAUUAUAGUAAAAACAGUUGACUUCUCAUUUUAUACCCAAAAAUAAGCUCAUGCGGGCGGCACAGCGGUCGAGUGGUUAGCGCACAGACCUCACAGCUAGGAGACCAGGGUUCAAUUCCACCCUUCACCCUCGGCCAUCUCUGUGUGGAGUUUGCAUGUUCCCCCGUGCAUGCGUGGGUUUUCUCCGGGUACUCCGGUUUCCUCCCACAUUCCAAAAACAUGCUAGGUUAAUUGGUGACUCCAAAUUGUCCAUAGGUAUGAAUGUGAGUGUGAAUGGUUGUUUGUCUAUAUGUGCCCUGUGAUUGGCUGGCCACCAGUCCAGGGUGUAUCGCCUGAAGACAGCUGGGAUAGGCUCCAGCACCCCCGCGACCCUCAUGAGGAUAAGCGGUAGACAAUGAAUGAAUGAAUGAAAUAAACUUAUGGAGAAUCCAUCGCCAAAAUACAUUUCAGGUGUCAACGUGGGUUCAAUUCAUCCAAGAGCAAAGAACAAGAACCAUUUCUUGACCAUAUGUGACAGCAUAAACGCAUGUUAACGCAGCAGUAGAUCUCUAAAGUGCACAAUAAUAUUUGAAAGUGCUUCACUUAGCUGCACCCCCCCGACUGAAUAAUCAUCAUUUUAUUGCGUCGUUUCAAAGAACUAAUUAAACGCUCCCCGGAGAGCACCAUGAAGCCAUGCCCAGUGUGACAACAACACUCAGGACGCAGAGGAAGAAGACUUUUAGAGGACACUGCCAAAGGUUUUCUUCGCUCACACUUCCUAUCCAUUUGUAGCGAAAAGGCAAUUAGGAGAUACGAUAUCAGGUAGAGUGAGGGAGGCUGAUUGGGUGAGAAUGGGGGCAAGAUUGCAAAUGUAAAGUGUAAACAAAAUGUGGUUGUUGAUGAGUGUAUUUAGACAAGCACGUCCUUCCUUAGCGGAGCCAGUAUAACCUCUCAAAAUGCUGGGAAAAUUCCUUGAACGCACCAUAAUUGCUUAUCCUCACGAGGGUCGCGGGGGUGCUGGAGCCUAU